GAUGAUGAUUUCGUUUUCUUUAUGAAAUUAUUCCACAAGGUAAAACCAGAAUCGCAAGCUCAGCUAUCUCUGGAGGAAGCUUUUGAAAUGUACUGCAAGGGAAUUGUCGGGUUUGGUCCAUUCUGGGAGCACAUGCUGGGCUACUGGAGGGAGAGCCAGAGGAAACCGAGCAAGGUCCUGAUCUUGACCUACGAGGAUGUGAAGAAGGAUAUCAUCUCCAACUUGAAGAGGUUAGCCAAAUUUCUGGGGUUGCCAUUCUCGGCAGAGGAGGAGAGAGCAGGGGUGGUGGAAGAGAUAGCCAGGCUGUGUAGCUUUGAGAAGAUGAAGGAUGUGGAAGUGAACAAGAAUGGGAAAUCUAUAAUGAAUUGGGAGAACAGGAAUCUGUUUAGGAAAGGGGAGGUUGGGGAUUGGAUGAAUUAUUUGUCACCGGAAAUGGUGGAGGAAUUAUCGAGGGUUUUGGAGGAAAAGUUGGGUGGGUCUGGCCUAGCAUUCAAAUUCAAUGUGCUUUAAUUUUUAGCAAAAUGUGAUGUUGUGUUUCAUCAAAAAAUAAUAUAAAUGAUUCCUCUUU